AUGACCUUCCCAGACGCUGGUUCCCUCAAGGCCCACAAGCAGACACACAAAACGGGGAGAGGUUUGAGUUCAGGGUCUGGGCCUCCAUACUCCUGCACCCAGUGCGGUAAGACCUUCACCCAGGCCUGCAACCUCAAGGUCCACCAGCGGGUCCACCAGGCAGAGGGACUCCACCUCUGCAGCCACUGCUCCAAGGGCUUCACCUCCUUCUCCGACCUGAAGAGGCACAAGUGCAGCCAGACCACAGACAAGCCCUACUGCUGCUCCAUCUGUGGGAACAAGUUCAGUCGGCUCUGGAACCUCAAGCUGCAUCAGCGCAUUCACACGCAGGAGAAACCCCACCGCUGCACUAUGUGUGACAAGAGCUUCACGCGGGUGGACAUUUUGAAGGUACACCAGCGCACACACACUGGGGAGAGACCGUACUGCUGUGCUGUGUGUGGACUCUGCUUCAAACGACUGGCCCAUCUAAAGUUACACCAGCACAAACACAGGCCGGAUUUCCUGGCCUGA